UCUUCUUGUUUUUCCUGGUUUUUUUCCUUGUGAGGGAAGUACGAUCAAGUUACACCUCUUGUGUUCAAGCAUGUAUCUAUGCCAGUGCAUAGCAUUCUUCUGUCCAUAAUUUACCAGAUUUUAGUUUUCCAAAACAAUUUGAUCAGCUCCCCAAGUGGCCUUAAUGAAUCUCAUGUUGAUUCUCCACACCGAUAUGCUUGAUGUUUAUCAUGGAAGAUGCUUUUCUUUAUCACCUGAUUGGGCCUGCUGUGCUAUCCCAGCAAAUCAAAUAUUUGUAAUCCUUGGUCCCAUGCCUGGAUUCAUAUCCUCACCAGUACAGAGAAAGAGACACAGAGCUCUCACUGGUCCCUCUGCAGCACACACCUGCGCAAUCCUCUCCCCGAAUCAAAACUCAGCUUCCCGCGUCUCUUUUUAACUAUAAAAGUUGCAGACAUUACAGGUCACUGCUUGAGCUCAUAACCGCAAGCUUGCUCCUCUCUCUUCGUCCAAGAAUUUUGGUCUGGACUUUGUGGAAUUGGUGCGUUGAAGGUUAAAGGAGUGAAGAAAUGGCAGAUAGAAAGAAGCUGAUGCCGAAGGUGUUCAAAGGAGUGAACGUCUUCAUGUCUCGGAAGCUCGUCCCGCCUGAAAUCUUCGAUACUCUUCACGAUGCCCUCAAGCAGAACGGUGCCGAGGUUAAUCUCUGCUGCGAUCCAUCGCGAACCGGUCCUAACGAUUACCAUAUCAUCUCCUCUCCCGAACAUGAGAAAUUCGAGGAUCUUAGAGCCAAGGGCUGUAAUUUACUUGGUCCUCAAUGUGUUCUUUCCUGCGCAAAAGAAAACAGAGCUUUGCCUAAACAAGGUUUUACUUGUUGCCUUGCAAUGGAUGGGGUUAAAGUGCUGGCUUCUGGAUUUGAGAAGGACGAAAAGGUUAAGAUUGAAAAGUUAGUGACUGCAAUGGGAGGAGUCUUGCAAACUAAGGCCUCCAUGGAUGUUAACUUUGUCAUUGCGAGGAAUGUUUUGGCUGCAAAGUACAAGUGGGCCUCAAAUGUUCUUAAGAAACCAGUUGUCACCAUUAGCUGGUUGAAUCAGUGCUGGAAUGAACACCGAGUUGUGCCUCAGGAGCCAUACAGAGUUCCUCCUUUUUCUGGGUUGACCAUUUGUACAACAAGAAUUCCAGCAGAUGAGCGGAAGGAGCUUGAAAAGCUUGUCAUACAGAAUGGUGGGAAAUACUCUGCUGACCUAACCAAGAAUUGCACACAUUUGGUUGCUGAUACUCCCGAAGGUGACAAAUACAAGGUUGCCAGAAAAUGGGGUCACAUCCAUAUUGUGACUCGGAAAUGGGUUAAUCAGUCUAUUGCUAAAAGAGCAUGUCUUGGUGAGGAGUCUUACCCUAUUCAGGGAGUUCCUAAUUCUUCAAGUAAUGCCAUGAAGAGUAGUCUAAAGAGACAGCAUGACCCAGAGAAGUGCAAUGGAAAUUCUCAAACUGAGCCAUCAUCUGUGAUUGGAAAUUCAAAUAUGCUUCCAUCUUCCAUGAUUGCUGAUCCUGAUCUGGAAACCAGUCUUUCUCAGAAUAUGUCUUCUACAUUUUCUGAUGCCACUAUAUUUACCAAAGAGGAGGGGAAUGGAGAACCUAGAUUGCAGCCUGAACAUGGAACAAACUUUGAUGGCUGUGUUGCUGAUGAUUCACAAGCUGAAGAUAGUGAUUUGUACUUGUCAGAAUGCAGAAUUUCACUUGUUGGGUUCCAGACCUCUGAAAUGCGUAAACUAGUCCAUAUGGUGCGUAAAGGUGGGGGCUCCCGGUAUAUGUCAUUCAAUGAGAAGUUGACGCACAUAGUUGUGGGAACACCUUCAGAGAGCGAAAAGAAGGAGGUAAGGGCCUAUGCAGCUUUUGGUGUUAUUUAUGUGGUAAGACCCAGCUGGUUGGAAGAUUGCGUCCGAGAAAAAAGAGAAGUACCUGUGUCCCUGAGGCAUGUUGCUUCUGAUUUACUUUUACCAAGAGCUGCAGCAGUAGGAACUUCUGCUCUAAAGCAAGGGAAAAGCUCCGCUGCAUCUUUCAGUCUGCCAGCUGUUAAGCUAGUGGGGAAUGUUGACUUUGAAUCUGGUAUCUCAUUGGAGAAUAACAGAGGACAAAAGCCAGAAACAAAUAUAAAGGGGUCCAAUUAUGUAAAACCAGCUACAAGAUCAUUCCAGAAAAGCAUGUUUUCUGUUUUAAAGGAUGACAGUAAGGUUUCCCAGAAAUUACGACAAGAUUCUGAUGCUGCAAAUGUUCAAAAUGGGAAAUCAUCAAAUGUUUUCAAAGGGAAAAUAUUUCGCUUUUCAAGUUCUUUUCCUCAAGAUAGGAGAGAUGAAAUCGUGGAAUGGGUUAAACAAGGAGGAGGAGCUUUGGUGGAUGAUCAGGUUAAGAAUGUGCACUUCACCAUUGAGUGUCAUGGUCUGAUUCAGACUCCUGCUGAUAAUUCUCAAGCCAUCAUUGUUUCUAGUCACUGGAUUAGAUCCUGUUUGGAGGACGGAUGCAUGCUGGAAGUUGACCGUCACAUUCUGUAUUCACCACUUCCCUGUCGUAUUCCAUUACCUGGGUUCGAUGGCUUUUGCUUCUGUGUCUCUCAGUAUGAAGAGAAAGAUAGGUUGUUAUUAAGAAAUCUUUGUUUUGUGCUAGGAGCUAAAUUCACAGAAAAACUGAGUAGGAAGGUUACACAUUUAAUUUGCAAGUUCACCAGUGGCCCAAAAUAUGAGGCUGCUUGCAAAUGGGGCAUAGAAGCAGUUACUUUCGAGUGGAUCUGUGAAUGCAUCAUGCAGGAUAAGAUUGUUGCUCUGGAUCAAUUUCUCCCAAAAGAAGCUACUGCUCAAGACCGAGAGGGAGGACUAUGCACAAUGAGCCAGUAUCCUACACAGGCAGCUUGCAUGAUAUCUAGAGGUGUUUCAUUUCAGUUACCGAGUCAAUCUCAAGUCAUGACGAAAAUAGAAACUAAUGUUGUUUGCAGUAGAAGUGAAAGCUUCAGUGAAGGGGCAAAACAUUCUUCCCUCUCUAUUAAAAGACCAAGGCUUGUGGAUGACGACAGCCAGACAGAUUUUUUUUCUUCUGAAAUUCAUCAAGAUGGUUCUCUUUGCAAAAUUGAAUCCAUGAGAAACAGGGUAUCAGAAGAUGGUGGAGAAAUUUCUCAUGCUGUUCCAGAUGUGGCUGCAGCUAUUGAAGACUUGUUAGCACAAACGAGUAAGAUUCAAGACAUGAAGUUACCAGGCGGUUCUCUAUGUGAUCAAAGUCUUUUCUCAACCAAUCAUUCAAUUCUUGGUCAAGAGCAUUUAGAGCCUCGUUCUACCUUUGGGAUUUCUAACAGCUGGUUGAACAGGACCUGGACAAAUGAUUUUGACUUCAUCUUCAGGAAUGAAAAACAAGAUAACCUUUGCACUCCUGGACAAGGUGUAAAAGAAGGCACUUAUGAUGGUUUCAGUGAAACACAGACAGAAUCACAGGUUGUAGGGUAUGAAGAAGAUUUGUCAGGCAGACAAAUGAUAAUUGAUAGAGUUCGUACUCGAAGUAGCAUGACUUAAAGUUGGCAUAUGAGAGAAAAAGAAAAGUAGGGAAACACACAAGUACAGAACAGGAAUGUGAAUUCAACAUGCUCGUACCUAGAAAAUUAGAAAACAGAACCUAACACCAAUGUUACAUCUGAGCAGGCAAGAAGACAAUCUGAUGGCAAGGUGGAAGUUUCGACGUGAUGCUGUUGUUUUCCACAGCCGUCUCAGUUUGUAUUCUUUGUCAAAUUUUUCUCCAGUCCUAAAUGAGGCUUGUGGAGAGGUCCUUCAUGCAUCUUCUGUAGUUUUAGAAAAUGCUAAAAGCAGGUAAGCUAAUGAGUUGUGACUCUUAACCAUGUAGAUUAAAUCACUUUCUUUUGUCAAACAUUUAUUGAAAAUUAAAGGCUUGUACGCCGAACUUUUUGUUGAUAUACGAACUUUAUCUCUGCUUUGAUCUACUGUUGAGAUCUAAGAUCUGGUC